GAGCUGUUCGUCAUCCUCCUCUCCAAAGUACAAGCCGAGAUCUUCCUUCCUUCCUUCCUUCCUCCUUUAAUCUCUCUAUUUUUUCCCUUUGAUCACAAUAUGCGUUCCGCCACAUGGCCCAUCGUGACAUUUUUUUAGUGUCCUUUUCCCCCCCUCUAAACUCCAUCUUUCUGAAAACCAUAUUACGGCAUACACACCUACACAGACACCAGGCCCAAAAAAAAAUCGCAGUUUCAGAUAUUAUUGUUGUUUUCGUUUUCGUUCUUUCGCUUACUAGCCUCUCCCAUCAUAUGAUUCCGCGAAGGAGCAAAUAAAAAAACCCCCGAGCGCGCCACGAUGCU